AUGGUCGAAAGUCAUGGGGAUAAAAUGUUAAGUUUUUUCUUUAGGUUCGUUAUUGGUAUGAAGCAUAUUGCGAAAACAUAUCAACAAGAAGAAGCCACACGUAUAAUGCGUGAACUUGCAGCCAGUUACUCUCGUUAUAAUCUCACAACAUUCAUGCCGCUCUGGUUGUUUACAGAUCAAUAUGCUAUCGUUAUUCCAAAUACUGUACAAAACAUUGUGAUCGCAUUACUUGUUAUGAUAAUAAUUGCUAUAUUAUUAAUUCCACAACCUUUAUGUUCACUGUGGGUCGCAUUAGCAAUUGCAUCAAUCGAUCUUGGCGUUAUUGGAUUUAUGACACUUUGGGGAGAUGCGAUUUCAAUGAUAACAAUAAUAAUGUCAAUCGGUUUUUCCGUCGAUUAUUCGGCUCAUAUAACUUAUGGAUAUGUGAUAUCAGAUGAGAUAUUACCAAAAGAACGAGUACGUCGUGCACUUGCUGCACUUGGUUGGCCGUUAACUCAAGGAGCAGCAUCAACGAUACUUGCUGUCGUUGUACUGGCUGAUGUUCCUGCUUAUAUGAUUGUUACGUUUUUUAAGACAGUUUUUCUCUCAAUAGCUCUUGGCCUUGUGCAUGGUCUCAUUUUCCUACCAGUUAUGCUUUCAUUGUUCGUUCGAGGAUCUUAUAUUAUAGGCGUCAAAACAUCGACUAAGGUUGGAGACGCCACUGAAAAAAUCCAAAAGAAUCACAAAAAUAUAAAAAAUGUGGCUGUUGAUGACGAUAUACAACCAUAUGGCCGAUAUGCUAUAUAUCUGUCGCGCAUGAGUUCGCUAGAGAUGCCUGGUAUUAAAUCUAUGGAAAGCAAUGUUCAGUCAAAACCGUUGCGAUCACAAAAAGCUCGGCAUGUUGAUGUAGGCAGUCCGUCAACUAAUUUCGUAUAA